AUGGACCUUCUUCGGUUUCACUCAGCUCAGCGGUACGUCAGCAAGGGGCCUCUUCAGGAGCUGUCGUUUUGCGUGAGAGUCUGGCGGGCGCCACUGGUGGAGGUGCACCACACGGAGAUGCUCUGCAGCGUGACGGUGCCGUGGGACGGAAAAAUCUUNGCGCCACUGGUGGAGGUGCACCACACGGAGAUGCUCUGCAGCGUGACGGUGCCGUGGGACGGAAAAAUCUUUUCCCCCGCGGAGAAGCUCGAGAUGGUCCGCGAGGCCGCUGAGGCGGGGUCGGGCAAUGACCCAUUGACAGACGGAGACGGGGAUGAGGGCGUCGAGAUGGAGGCCGUGCAGACUGUGCUGCGUGGACGCGAUGACACAGUCCGCAGCACGGCAGCAACUGCGAGAGAGCUGCAGGAGCAUCUCGAGAAGACUGCCAGCGCCUUCUUCACACGCCCCUCCUCCGAGGACUACAUCAACGAGGCGGAGGAGGACUGCCCGGUGGAUCCGUUUCAGUACCCGAGCCCGUUGGCGGCCGUAGUGCUGCGCCAGCACCGCGCACAACACCAGGCGAGCAACAAGAUGUACUUCAUGUGGGCGGUCGGCGGCAUCGUCGCGCCCAAGGCCGACUCCCUCGCCGACAUGCGAUGGGACGGCGAGGAGCGUGUGAUCUGCACCAUCACAGCGGAUCGGAGUGAUACCUUCUUCACAGCGAAGNCCCUCGCCGACAUGCGAUGGGACGGCGAGGAGCGUGUGAUCUGCACCAUCACAGCGGAUCGGAGUGAUACCUUCUUCACAGCGAAGCCGUCUAUUAACGAGACACACACCCUGUUCGUUGACUCCUUGCAUGUGUACUCUUUCAAGAUCACUAUCGCGGCGACGGAGGAAAUGGAUUCUGCGCAACCGUCACCAGGCGAUCUCCUCCGAAAGAUCAGUAAGCUGGCGGCGUCUGUGAAGGACCGCCUGAGCGCGCCGCACGCGGCUCGGCGGGAUGCGCUGCAGCGGAUGCUCCUUCGGCAGGCCAUCGUCAUUGGCAGUGAGGGGGUGAAAACUGCGCCAGACACAACAGCAGCAGUGGGAAGCAGCCCCUUCGAGCAGCCGCCACCCGAAGGCCGGGUGCGGUAUCAUGUGCUCGGCACAGUUGACAGGUGUUUGGGUGUGGCAGAGGAUGCACUUUGCCUCCGCUGCGAGUGGUACCGCAGCGUCCCGCAGGGCGAAGAGGAGGCAGGGAAGGAAGAGGGAGAACAAGAUAAGAAUGAAGAGGAAGCUAUUGGUGGCUUAACCACCCAGCUCGCGUUUGCUGGUAGUAUUAUCCUCGAGAAUUUCAUCCCGCUUCCAGUGCACACUUUUAAUGCUCCCUUUGAGCUUCACUUUGAUGAUGCCGUCAACGCGCCACCGCUGCGACUCAUUGUGACAGUGUACAGCGAUUCGCCGGAGGGCCAGCAGGCACCUGUUGGCUACACCGCACUGGAGGUUCCGCACAUGUUGCCGGGCCGCCACUCGCUGCGAGGGCCGUUGUGGAGGCCGCGGAUGACGGGGCGAGAGUUCCUGCGCUCAGCGCUGGCGGGCGGCGCGCCCUCGCUCGUCGAUACACGUGAUGUGGGACCUCGUGGCGCCGGCGGUAUUUCUGUCAAGCAUGGCCUCGUGACGGAGCCGGCUGGUGAGCUGGAGGUAAGCGUCAUUGUGCUGCACCAUUGCCAAACCUCUUCGUGA